UGUGACAUCCAACUAACUCUUCAAUCGGCCCUGGAACAUAAAAGAAGCUACAUCUUUAUUAGGCCUUUAUCAUGUCCUAUCUAUGUCCCUCUCGGUCUUUAUCUGUGGGUCAUUGCAUUUCACUCCAUACAUUUAGCAAAUCUCCUAGACCAGGAUUACUGCUUCCUAGGGAUUUAGGAUUUCUGUCCACCCAACACAUGUUGCACAGUUACCGUUUGAGUGUUGUGCUUCCAUGUCUUUCCUGCUUUCCAUCGUCGCAGCCACGUUCUCUCUUUCGUAAGAAGCCAGCCGUUUGCAGCACUACUGAUGAAUGCUGGCUGAGGGAAGAAAUAAAGAAAUGACGGCACAGCAUGAAGACAAAUUGUAGCUUUGGAAACAUACCGCUGCAUCUUUUUGGUCCUUGAGAUGGAAGAAUAUUGAAGAGCUGGAGGUGCAAUAAGCAGGUUUACUGGGGUAAUAACAUUACAAGAUUAUUGACCAACUGUUGAAACCAUUCAGUGACUGAGAGGAAUUCUUCUGUUGGGAUUUUUUCUGCGGAUUUUGCUUUGAAGAAAGGAAACUUCCAAUAAAGGGAUGCUAUUGGUGAUACUAUAUGUGAGUUUUUAUAAGAGUUAGAACAACGGAGGUUAUAGAACAUAACCCAAAAAGAACUUUUACUCAAAAGUACUUGAGGUAGAUUUCUAUUUUUUAUCCCUUAUUUACCCAAAGCUAAAUUUUUUUUCUAAAGGAAAUCUUCGUGGGAAGGUCCCCUUGUUUUUUUAGGCAGAAACUUGUGAUCUCGGGUAUGAAAUGAACACAUCCAAGAGGAGCAGCUUUUUCCCCAUCGGCCCAGUGUCUUCGGCCCUGAUGUGUUCCACUGCCACGGCCGCUACCGGAGACAAGCCCGGACCUCCAGCUAAAGGGGCUUUCUCCUCAGAGGGGGACAUGGACAAACAGAAGGAGGGGGCUCAGUGUAAGAGCCAGCAGCAGGCCUCUGUGUCCCACGUAGUGGACGAGUUCUUCUGGAUAGGCAGCAGCAUUGUGGCAUUCUCCAAGUGGAGGCUCGGCUACAUGGUGGAGAAAUGCAUGACUUCCAUGCAGAUGGGGACCCAGAUGGUGAAGCUCCGCGGCGGCUCCAAGGGACUGGUGCGGUUCUUCUAUCUGGACGAACACAAGUCCUGCAUCCGCUGGAGGCCGUCGCGCAAGAAUGAAAAGGCCAAGAUCUCCAUCGACUCCCUCCGGGAGGUGUGUGAGGGGAAGCAGUCGGAGAUCUUCCAGCGCUACGCGGAGGGCUGCUUCGACCCCAACUGCUGCUUCAGCCUCUACUACGGAGAACACAUGGAGUCUCUGGACCUGGUAUCCGGCACUGGGGAGGAGGCACGGACCUGGAUCACAGGCCUCAAAUAUCUGAUGGCCGGCAUCAGCGAUGAGGACAGCCUGGCCAAGAGGCAGCGCACCCGAGACCAGUGGCUGAAGCAGACCUUCACCGAGGCCGAUAAGAACGGCGACGGCAGCUUGAGCAUCAGCGAGGUGCUCCAGCUCCUGCACAAACUCAACGUCAACCUGCCCCGACAGAAGGUCAAACAGAUGUUCAAGGAGGCGGACACAGAUGACAACCAGGGGACGUUGGACUUUGAGGAGUUCUGCUCCUUCUACAAGAUGAUGUCCACCCGUCGGGAUCUGUACCUCCUCAUGCUCACCUACAGCAACCACAAAGACCACCUCGACACAGACGACCUGGCCCGCUUCCUGGAGACUGAGCAAAAGAUGACCAAUGUGACCAAGGACCAUUGCCUGGAGAUUAUCAACAAAUUUGAGCCGUGCUCUGAGAACCAGAAGCAGGGAGCUUUGGGAAUUGAUGGUAUUACGAACUACAUGCGCAGCCCAGCGGGAGACAUCUUUAACUCGGAGCACUACAACGUGAACCAGGACAUGAAGCAGCCGCUGUGCAACUACUUCAUCGCCUCCUCACACAACACCUACCUGAUGGGUGACCAGCUGAUGUCACAGUCCAGGGUGGACAUGUACGCCUGGGUGCUGCAGGCCGGCUGUCGCUGUGUAGAAGUGGACUGUUGGGACGGACAGGACGGUGAGCCCAUCGUCCACCACGGCUACACCCUCACCUCCAAGAUCCUCUUCAAAGACGUCAUCGAGACCAUCAACAAGUACGCCUUCGUCAAGAAUGAAUACCCAGUCAUCCUGUCCAUCGAGAACCACUGCAGUGUUCCUCAGCAAAAGAAGAUGGCCCAGUACAUGAUUGAGAUCCUGGGGGACAAACUGGACCUGUCCGACAUCAAAGCCGAUGAGUCUGGACGGCUGCCGUCGCCAGAAACCCUCAAGGGCAAGAUCCUCGUCAAGGGGAAGAAACUGCCUCCCAACAUCGAUGAGAAUGCAGAAGAGGGAGACGUGUCGGACGAGGACAGCGCUGAUGAGAUGGAGGACGACUGCAAGCUGAUGAACGGAGAUUGGAAGACGUCAGCCAACAGGAAGCAGGUGGAGAACAUGGCCAAGAAAAAGCUGGACAACCUGAUGAAGGAGUCCAAGAUCCGAGACCGAGAAGACCCAGACAGCUUCACCAUCGCAGCCCUCCCUCCUGCUGGGAAGCCCACAGACAAAAGCAGCACUAAGGAUAAAAGUGAGGAUGGGACGGACACAGGGGACGAGGCUAAUCCCAGCAGCAACAAGCGUACAGGGCGCUCCUUCAUGGGCAGCUUCUCUAAACGCAAGAAAAAGGCAAGCAAGCUGAAGAAGACCUCGAGCUUUGAAGACACAGAUACAGACCAAGAGAGUGCAAGUAGCACCUCCCGUGCCCCCUUGCACCACAGCAAAAAGAAGAAGACCAUGAAGUUAUCCAGGGCUCUGUCUGAUCUGGUCAAAUACACAUGCUCUGUGGGUCUCUAUGACAUCGAGGCACAAGACAAAUGCAGCUGGCAGGUGUCGUCGCUCAGUGAGACCAAAGCCCACCAGGUGAUGCAGCAGAAAGCUACGUCCUUCAUCCAGUUCAACCAGCGACAGCUGUCCCGCAUCUACCCGUCCUCUUACCGCGUGGACUCGUCCAACUUCAACCCCCAGCCCUUCUGGAGCGCCGGCUGCCAGCUUGUUGCACUCAACUACCAGUCGGAGGGCCGGGUCCUCCAGCUCAACAGAGCCAAAUUUUACAGCAAUGGCAACUGUGGCUACAUCCUCAAGCCUGCCUGCAUGUGUGAAGGUGCCUUUAACCCCAAUCUGGAGGACCCGAUGCCGGGCCAGAUGAAGAAGCAGCUGGUGUUGAAGAUCAUCAGUGGACAGCAGCUGCCCAAACCCAAAGACUCAAUGCUAGGAGACAGAGGAGAGAUCAUCGAUCCCUUCGUGGAGGUGGAGAUCAUCGGCCUGCCAGUGGACUGCUGCAAGGAGCAGACCAGAGUGGUGGACGAUAACGGGUUCAACCCGAUGUGGGAGGAGACUCUGGUGUUCACGGUCCACAUGCCGGAGCUCGCCCUGGUGCGUUUCCUCGUGUGGGAUCAUGACCCCAUCGGCCAGGACUUCAUCGGCCAGCGCACCAUCGCCUUCAACAGCAUGGUUCCAGGUUAUCGCCAUGUGUACUUGGAAGGUAUGGAGGAGGCUUCAAUCUUUGUUCAUGUAGCUGUGAAUGACAUCACUGGUAAGUGGACCCCUCUAUUUCCAAAUGCUCCAUUUAGAGGCAGAACAUUUUUAGGAGCCUUGAAGCUUCCACUCAAAACUCAGGCCAGAGCAGCCAGCGGUAUAAAAGGGCUGUUUCACAGAAACCCAAAGCAGUCUUCCCUGGACAGCCAUGCUGCUGCGCAGCGCAGCCGUAAGCACCCGUUCGGUGCCCACCUCCUGCGCCGCACUGCCAGCGCACCAACCAAAGGCCAGCCCAAAAUCAAGAAGGGCUUCCCAGAGAACGCCGUCGACACCAAAGACUACAGCUCAGAGGGUGCUAGUGAAGAACGAGAAUCCGAGGACAGGGACAAGGCCUCUGCCGCCACCUCUCACCAGCCCACACCACCACAAAGCCGCAACAGCGGAUCACUGGCAUCCCAUCAAGCCAAGGACCCCUGGGAGCGUCCUGACACUAAUGGGGCUAUUCACCCUGAGGAGGGUAAAGAUUGUUCCACAGUGCAGAGACCAGCUCCUACACUUAACUCUGAAAAUGCCAGAAACACACGCGUCAUCCGUUCUGUCUCCACUCCAGAAAACAGCCUGUCUUCAAAUCACUUCUCAUCUACUCCACUGCCCUCACCAUCCACAGCAAUAAAUGCAAACUCUCCAUUGAAAGCUCCUUCAAACGGGGUGGUAUACAGUCCUAUCAAUGUGAGCGGAAACCCUAAGAAACCUCCUGCCCUCUCCAGAACCACGUCACUCCCUUUGACGAACCCUGCUGAGAAAAUUGUCCCAUCGCAGUGUCGUCAAGACAUCCAGACUAAUAGAGGCGCUCAUUCAUUCAUGGAGCACACACCAAACCAGAGGGAAAACCAAGAAACUCUGUCGGAAAAUAAAAAUGAUGCAGCAGGGUUAAGGUCUGAGCCCAGAGUGGAGCCUCCUGCUGCACCAGUGUCCACUGGAACCCCGCCGGUCCCUGCAGCUCAGACAGGCCAGGCCAGGAGAGCACUGUUUAGCAAUCUGCCAUCGCACGCACCAGUAAGAAGAACAAAAAGUUUGGGCCACGUUCUGGUGGCUGUAGCCUCAUCUGGGCAGGCCCAGUCGGCAGUGCCAGAGGUCUGCACGGACGCUACCAUGAACGAUCGCCUUUGGAGCAAGCUGGAGCCGAGCAGCCACCGAGACAGCAUGUCCUCCUCCUCGAGCAUCUCUUCCAGCGACACCGUCAUUGACCUGUCCCUGCCUAACCUGGCCAGGAAGAGCGUCACCAGCCUGCCCACAGCCAGCAGCGCCUGCGACCCUCACUGGGUCAGCUGUCGUCGCUCAGCAUUAGUCGCCUACGAUGCCCUGCGAGUCAGUAAGAGCAAGUCGAUCCCCAAUCUUCAGGAAAGCGAGUGCGCCAAAGAUGAGCUUAAGCCCCGCCCCCUGCAGCCCCCCCAGGAUGUUUCUGUGGACUCACCCAGCAGACUGACUCAGAGGAGGCACACCUGGAGCCGGCUCUACAUGGAAGGGCUCAAGCAGUCAUCGGCCAGCAGGCCUUCCCCCGCGGCUACAACCCCAACAGCUACAGCUUCCAUGUCCAAAAGCCUUGGCGAUCUGACAUCUGACGACAUUUCCUGUAACUUUGACAGCAAGUACCGCAGCAUCAGCCGCAGCUUCAUCGUUAGGCCAACCAGGGAGCAGCUCCGCAGGGGCAGCCCGCAGAAGUCUCGGUCGCCCAGCGACCUCACAGAGCAACUACGGAAGCUGACUGAUGUGGAGCCCCUGACUGCGAGCGACUUUUCCCCAGAAAACAGGCCGAAUGAGUCACAGGAGGAGUUUGUGGAUGAGACCCUGAUGCGAAGGACCUCCUCGAGGAGCCAAAGCAGGGUGCGCUACAUUGCAAACAGGGCCAAGAAGGCCCAGGAAAGGCAGAAGCUCCAGAGCCUGGCCCAGGGCAGAAGUGCAAGCUUUAGCCUUACUGGUAUCAUCGGCAGUGGAAGUAUUGCUAGCCCCAUUGAGGAGCGGGGGAACCCCGAAGGCGCGUGUUGCGUGGCCCAGAGUCCCUGCACCAGCCUGGACUUGCUGGGUCAGCUCACCCCCCUAGAAACCCCCUCCCCGAGACAGUCCCAGUCCUCCCCAGACCCUGAAAACAGUGAAGUCUUUUUCAUGCUCAAACUCUAAGAACUGGCUGACUUGGUGUGAGAGCUAGACACUUGGAAUACAGUCCAGUUUUUUUAUUUUAGAAAAAGUUGCAUAUCUUGCAGAAUAUCUCACAAAUUCUUUCAACAUCUCACAGAAAACUGUGCUCCACUGAAUUAGUGAUCCAUGAACAAUCAGUUCUACAUAAGGAGGUUGUGCAAGAUCAAUUUUUUUAACAUGUGCAUUCAGAAAACAUUGUCCUGAAGCUGCUGGACAGCAGUUCUUCUCCAAGCAACCUCUACUGCUCUGCCAUCUGUUUGCUCCAAAUGUUAGAUACAUCCCAGAAUGUAUUUAGUGAAAGAUAGCGUUUUUAUAUAGCUGUUUAUGUUGACAGUGAUCUACUCUCAAGUUUAACUUUUUUUUGUGUAACAUUACAUGAGCGUACAGUAGCAACAGAUCCAGACAGGAUAUUAAAUGACCCACCCUGUUUAUCUACAUGAAGUUUUAUGGUAUAUUUUAACUGAGUUUAAAAUUAAAUACUUCAUGCCAAGGCUUUAUCAGCCCAUCCAUACAUCAGCAAUAUUUAGAAAAUGAUGGCAUGGGAUCUUAUUAAAGUUUGUUUGACAGCUUGAUGCUUAAAGUGGAGGCUGGUCUCAUGUCUUUGCUGAAAAAAAAAGGAAUUAUCAUAAUACUGGAUAAAAUGUCUUAAUUUUUUAGUACUCUUUGUGUAGUGGUUACAUUGUUAUUGGACCAAACUGCCAAUAUUUCACAAACCUUCAUGAUUUGUGGCAUGUCACAGCACUGAGAUGAUGUACUUUAAAGCAAUGCUAGAGUACUCCAAUCCCUACCUAGUACUUCAUUUGACUGCAUGUCUUUUAUGCACUGUAAUGUUUAUCCUAAGGCUGUGUUUUAUUUUACAAAGACUUUUUAUAUAAAGAUUUGUUAAUACUCUAAACUUCUUUUUCGGAAUCGUCUGACGUUGGUCCAAACAGCAUCGUGUCUGAAACCCUGCGUUCUUAUUGGUCCGUGGUACUAAUACAAGAUGAAAAAGAUCUGUAUCGAAGCACGUUUAUUUGUCCACCCGCUGUACUGUUUGCACUGCCCGUGCCAGUUGUUUGUGCAAAUUUUUAGGGACAAUAUUUAAUUCAAGACAAUGUGUAAUUAUGACCUGAAUAAAUCUCAAAUUAAUAUUA